CCCCACACGGACGAGGAGCGGGAACGCCUGGAAUGGCAGACGAUGCUCGCUAGUGUGCUCGAGGGAGACGUAUUACGCAUGGAGAAGACGCGGAUUGCGAGCACGAGCGACGAGGGCCGGGACGAAGCGAAGCGACGAACGUUGGAUAUCUGGCUCGGGUUACGCGCUAGGCUUCGAGGGAGGACAGAAGACGAAGAGAGAAAGCGGCUCGAGGAACGCAGGAUGCGAACUGUCCAGCCGGCGAUUGACGAGAUCCUUACUUACCGCGUGUCCACUGCUCCUGGCAUGCCGUCCGCGUUCGACCAGACCGUCGCCCUCCUCGACAGGCUCGAUAUGGCCCAAUCUCUCUAUCCAGACCUGAAGAGCAUGCACGGCGAGUACCCCGCUUCUGAUCACUCCGACUUUCUUCACCGGGUCGACGCACUCAACGCCUAUGUCCGUAUGGUCGUCAGUCUUCGCUGGCGCAUCCAGGGGAUCCAGAAAUGGACAGGGAGCGAGACGAUGGAUGUUUGGCAGAGGCAUACAUCCCAGGAACAGCCCGUGCGGAGAUCGUUUUCCCCCAACGGGCCCGCAGGACAUAUGCUCGGACCUGGAGGGGAACUCCAGGAUGAGAGCAGCUUCGUCGAGCGUGUGCUUAAGGAAGAUAGUUUGCAGAAGACGCUUGAGCGCGCGACGCUCGUCACUUCCCACUGGGUGGUCGACAAUGCCCGCGAGACGAUCCUUUCCUACGGCUUGCUGUACCGGACCAUCGGUCUCCCGGGGGUGGAGCCAGAGCUGGUAUCCCUCAUCGCCUUCCCGACAAAACUUAUGGAAGCGACCCUUCGCGUCCGGCUCGACUCUGGCAAGAAAGUGAACGAGCCCUCCAUACUCGUCGUCGACCAGAUGCUGGACGACUUUGCACUCUCGAUUGCUCUUGCCUGCACGAUCAAGCAGGAGUAUGAGGAGUUUCUGAGGCAGGACGAGGCGGGUCUAUGGGUCCUCCCUAGCUGUAUUAGCGAGGCGUACGACGAGGUCCUACUGGAGGCCCUGAGGUUCCUUUUCAAGCUUAUCCAUUGGAAGCUUAAGACGGCGAGUAGGAUAUACUUCAAGGAAGUGGAUGUGCUCGAAGCCCAGUGGCCACUGUUUACCGCCGUGAGCUUGGUGACCGAGGGCGGGAGUCUGCUCGUCGCUGAGCAUGUAUGCUCAGUGACGAACAAGCUCAUGGCUCGCGUCGUAAACCUCUUCGAGGCCCAACUUAGUCUACCGGUCUACAAGCCCGCCCUGGACUCCCGUUCCCGCCAGUCCCCGCGUAACCACCCCCUCCGGCCCAGGCUGGAGCGCGCCAACGCCGUCCCCGUGAUGAAAGAGCGCGAACGGCCAAUGGGCGAAGACCAAAUCCUAGACUGGUACAAUACCGUGCUCGACAGUGUGCGAUUGCGCUACCGCAAGCUCCAGCGGUUUGGCCGCGUCCUUGGCCAGCGAUUCACCAAUGCUGCUGAGUACUCGAUUGCCCACCUCCCUGUGGACAGGUUCAUCAACGCUCUUGUCGGUACUGGGCACCUGCUUGUCUACUGCGAGAACUACGAAGAAGAUGGGAUAUACAUCAUCGCUGACCCUAGUCUGAGGAAUCGCCCGUAUUUGAUACACGAUAUCCUCCAGCGGACGUUUCAGCCUGUUGAGGUCGGGCCUGGGAAACAGCAGGUCACGGACGGAAGUGGGCUGGACGAGGAGGACGAGGAAGGGGCGUCGACUGAGAGCUACCUACUGCUUAUCACUCCCGGAGAACGCUUCGUCUGGACGGGGGACGUAAUGGUUUUUGACACCCAGAAGCAGGUGUUCGAGCUCGCGGAGAAACGCGUCCGACUGGUUGCGGACGGCCCCCAGCUUCGGCUCGCAAGAGCCAAAGACCGGUUCGGGGAGAUAAUGCGCAGUAUCCGGCCUGAGAACCUCCUUUCCCCUACUUCGGACGGGAGUGAGUCAGUCAACGGCGACGCGUUCGAAGGCGCGAGCGACUUUUGUAUCAUCCCCCUCCAGGCCCAUCAUCCGCGUGUCGACCGCCAGCUGCGGCGUAUCACCCGCUCUACCAACCGGUUGGCGGAAGCGAUCACCAAGUCUGUCCAUCGGGUGUCUGAGACGCUGGAAGGGGUCGAGCACCGGCAAGAGCUCCUAGCGAAUUGGUAUGCUUUCGCAGCGGAAAACGGUCAGCAGGCGCAGAAGCAUAUGGACCAUGGCUCGUGGCAGAAAUUCAACAGGGAACUGAUGAAGCUUGCCAUCGCUUAUGUGAGCUUUAUAUGCGACGAGUGCGACCCGUCUGAUAGGAGGACCUUUCGCUGGGCGGUGAACGCUUUGGAGUUUGCGACACUUCGGACGAGAGGGAGCAAUAUUUUGAACUUGCCUGAGUCGGACUUUAAUCUCCUCAGGAGCAAAGUGGCGACUUGCAUGACACUCCUGAUCAGCCAUUUCGACAUCCUUGGCGCGCGAUCGAACCUCGAGGCAUCCCAGCGCGAGCAGGAGCGGCUCAGCGCCCUCAGGCAACGGCAGGAAGAAGCACAUGCGAAGCGCGAUGUGGACGAGUUGGUCGCCCAGCCUUCGAUGCAGUAUGACCCCCUUGCGGUCUCGAACUGGGGAGAAGACCGAAGUAUCCGCUUGAAUAGGGAUGAGAGCUGGCUCCGCCAGUUGCAAGAGCUGGACCUGCGCCGAGCGAAGCUCGAAGCUGAACAGCGCAUUACUGGCAAGGUCAUCAAUGAGGAACGACCGGAAGAUAAAACACUCAUGUUCCUCGCUUCGUCUUCCUCCAACAUCGCUAUGCGUUGGCAGCAAGGUCGGCUUGUCGGCACUGGCGCGUUCGGCAGCGUAUACCUCGGCGUUAAUCUCGAUUCUGGUAGUCUGAUGGCGGUCAAGGAGAUCCGUUUCAGUGACGUUAAUAGCUUGUCGACACUGUACAAGGGCGUUAAGGACGAGCUGUCGGUCAUGGAGAUGCUCUCUCAUCCCAACAUCGUCGAGUACUACGGCAUCGAGGUACACCGGGACAAGGUCUACAUCUUCGAAGAGUACUGUCAAGGUGGUAGCUUGGCCAGCCUGCUCGAGCAUGGAAGAAUCGAGGAUGAGAGGAUCAUCCAGGUGUACACCCUGCAAAUGUUGGAAGGGCUCAGUUACCUGCACUCGAAGGGAGUGGUUCAUCGGGAUAUCAAACCUGACAAUAUCCUUUUGGACCACAUGGGCGUAAUCAAAUACGUCGAUUUUGGCGCAGCUAAGAUCCUCGGCAAAAAGCAAAAGACUUUGGCCAGUCGUGCGCAUCAGCAUCCUGUCGGACACCAUGCUCACGACCGACCACACUUUCCACCUGCCCCACCGCCGCCGGGAUUCCCCUCCGGUUUUGGGGCGAAUAGUUUGACUGGUACUCCGAUGUACAUGUCUCCGGAGGUUAUCAAGAACGAUCGAAGAGGGCGCCAGGGUGCUAUGGAUAUAUGGUCUUUGGGCUGUGUAGUGCUUGAGAUGUCCACCGGGAGGAAGCCCUGGAGCAAUUUGGACAACGAGUGGGCCAUCAUGUUUCAUAUCGGAGUCGCUGCGAAACCGCCACCACUUCCCGAUCCAAGCCAAUUAAGCGAAUUCGGAAUUGAUUUCAUUCAUCGGUGCCUGACUAUCGAUCCCAUCCAUCGUCCUACAGCAGCAGAGUUGAUGGAACAUCCUUGGAUUGCAGACUUCAGAGACGAAAUGUUGGAGUAUGAGGAAGACGAGGUUGUCAGUAUUGCGACCCCAAGUAUGACUACUUCGCAUACCAAUGUUAGCGAGCAUUUCGAGAUGGCUACCGUGGCUCGUCAAGCACAGAAGAUUGAAGAGGAGGAGACAGCGGUCAUGAAGUCUGAAUCACCUCCAGAUAUCACCCCCAAUGAGAAUGGCGAAGGCAUCUUCCUCGCACCGUAAUUCCCACGAUCUGUUGUUCUGUUUCUGCAGCCGCAUUCAUUGGCUGUCU